GUAACCGUGUGUCAAAUGUCAAGCCACGUCUGUUCCAAUUUCUGGUAGUUUUAAACUGGGAAAAUGGUCUCAAUUUUGAAUUCUAUCGACACGGGGCACGAGGACAUGGUGCACGACGCCGAAGUGGACUACUACGGGCUGCGCCUGGCCACGUGCUCGUCGGACAACAGCGUCAAAGUGUACGACAUCAAGAACGGGGGCACAGCCCUGAUCGACGACCUCAAGGGCCACUUCGGGCCCGUGUGGCAGAUCGCCUGGAGCCACCCCAAGUUCGGGAACCUCCUCGCCUCCUGCUCGUACGACCGCAAGGUCAUAAUCUGGAAGGAGCAGAACGGGAAGUUCACCAAGUACUACGAGUACGCCAACCACGAUUCCAGCGUGAACUCGGUGCAGUUCGCCCCGCCUGAGUACGGGCUCGUGCUGGCCUGCGGCAGCAGCGACGGCUCGAUCUCCAUCCUGAGCUACAUCUCAGAGACGCACAACUGGGACGCGAAGAAGAUCCAAAACGCCCACGCCAUCGGCUGCAAUGCCGUGAGCUGGGCCCCCGCCAUCACCCCCACGUCGGGGGAGUUCCGGGACGCGGCCAAGCUGGUCAAGCGGCUGGUGUCCGGGGGCUGCGAUAAUCUGGUCAAAGUGUGGCGGGAGGAGGAGGACCGGUGGGUGGAGGAGAACAAGUUGGAGGUGCACUCGGACUGGGUGCGGGACGUGGCGUGGGCCCCCUCGGUGGGGCUGCACCAGCACACCAUCGCGAGCUGCUCGCAAGACAGGAGGGUCAUCAUCUGGACGAGUGACGAUGGCAACAACUGGAACUCAACGGUCCUCCAGACUUUUGACGAUGUUGUCUGGAAUGUCAGUUGGUCCCUGAACGGGAAUAUUCUGGCCGUGUCAGGGGGUGAUAACAAAAUCACGCUUUGGAAGCAAAACUUGCAAGGGAAUUGGCAGUGCGUCAGUGAUGUGGUUAAGGGCCAGGGACAGAUCAAUAACCAAUAGGUGUAUUUUUUAAAUAAAACGUAAUUUAAGUGGAA